AAAAAUUGCAUAAGCUUUAAAAAAAAGUUGGGCCAAACGAUCCCUUGUUAUGUGUAGCGAAUUUAGCACACCUUAUGCCCAAUUCACUUCUUAGUUCUUAAUAAAUUUUUCUUUUCCAAAAAAAAAAAGAAAAGAAAGAUGACCAAAACUAAUCCAAUUCCUUACUUUGACCGGCGCUUUAUUUCUUUACCAUGGCUCAAAAAAUUCAACAUUCUACAUUAUUAUGUCAAUAUAUGGGGUCCCAUAAUCCCAUUUUGUGCACUUGAGUUUAUUUAAAUUUAAAUAUAAAGUCUUCUAUGAGAAUGAAUCCUAUCCUAUUGAUAAGAAAGAAAGAAAGAAAUUGAGAGAAUAAUGAAUAGUGGUGAAGGAAAGGUUGUUUGUGUAACUGGUGCUUCUGGCUAUAUUGCUUCAUGGCUUGUCAAGUUUCUUCUCCAACGUGGUUACACUGUUAGAGCAACAGUUCGUGAUCUAAAUAAUCCCAAUAAGGUUGAUCACUUGCUCAAGCUUGAUGGUGCAAAGGAAAAUUUGCAACUCUUCAAAGCAGAUUUACUAGAAGAGGGUUCCUUUGACUCUGUUAUUCAAGGGUGUCAUGGUGUCUUUCAUACUGCUUCACCGGCUGUUUUCGAUGUCGACGAUCCUCAGACAGAGUUAAUUGAUCCUACAGUGAAGGGAGCUCUUAAUGUUGUUAAGUCAUGUGCAAAAUCACCAUAUGUGAAACGAGUUGUUUUCACUUCUUCAAUUGCAUCAGCUAUAUAUAAUGGAAGACCUAAAACCCCUGAAGUUGUAGUUGAUGAGACAUGGUUUUCAAAUCAAGAUUUCUUAUGGGGAAAAAAGAUGUGGUUACAAUAUGCAAAGACUUCAGCUGAGGAAGUUGCUACAAAAUUUCUAACAGAAAACAACAUUGACUACGUUGUUAUGAAUCCAGCAGUGACAAUAGGGCCUCUCUUGCAACCAGAGCUUAAUGGAAGUUCCUCCUUAAUUUUGGACUUAAUAAAUGGUUCAGAAACAUUUAAGAAUGCUACUUUUGGAUGGAUUAAUGUGAAGGAUGUUGCAAAUGCCCAUAUUAAAGCAUAUGAGGAUGCUUCAGCUAGUGGAAGAUAUUGUUUGGCUGAAACAGUCAUGCAUUUCUCUCAACUUAGUAACAUUUUGCGUAAUAUGUACCCUACACUACAAAUUCCAAACAAGUGCGCGGACGAUAAGCCUUUUAUGCAAACAUUUCAGAUUUCCAAAGAAAAGGCAAAGACAUUGGGAAUUGAGUUUAUUCCCUUAGAAGUGAGCCUCAAAGAGAUCAUAGAAAGUUUUAAAGAAAAAGAGUUUGUUAACUUCUAAUUUGUGUGAUACAUCAUUGAGUAAAAUAUAUGUUGAUAAUACUAAUCACGUUUUGGUUGAACUUGGUUUCAGAACUUAAGGAUAUGAGUUACUAAUGUUGAUCUAUACCUUUCAUAUCUUGUGUUUGAUUUAAUGAAAUAUGGCUUAGUUUAGUACUGCGUCAAGCAAGUUGGUUCAAUUUUGAUUUUUUUACAUAUAUGACUUCUCUUUGCAAUGUAUUGUCAUUAAUUUUGUUAUAGUAUGAUUUUAU